CGCGCAAUAAUUUUUUUUAAUUCCUCGUCCAGCUCGACUUGUCUUUCUUUAUAUUCCCUGAUCAGCAGAACUAUUUGCGGAAAUAAGAAUAAAGGAGCAGUAUGGCAGCAGUCAAACGGAAGCACUCCGAGGCAUCCACGUCCUCCACGAACUUCAGCAAGAAGCCGUUUGCGAAGCAAUGGAAUAAGCCUCCCAGCAGCAAGAAUAACGAGAACGGACGUACGAAGCCGUUCAGCAGACACGGAAGCAAGAAUGAUAGCAGAAAGCCGGCGGCGCAGGCAGAGGAUAGAUCUGCUGUUGCUGAGACUACUGUGAAGAGCACGCUUAAGAAGAACGAGGACUUUGCGUUUCCUAGAGGUGGUGGGUCGGUGUUGACGCCUAUGGAGUAUAAGGAGGCAACGAACGAGGCCGUUAAGGAUUUGUUCGAGUCCCCGAUCUCGGAGCAGCCCUCAAAGAAGACAAAGACUAUCGCUACAACCGGCGAUGAAAAAGCCGACAAAGCAGCCAAGAUCAGACAACGUCAGGUCAAGAAACAGCAGCGCAGCCAAAAGGGAGCCGAAGACGCCGAAGCCAAGGGCCCGAAAAUGAAGAUCGAAGGUCUCACCUUCAAGAAGGUCGUCCCCGGCAUGGUCGUGCUCGGCCAGGUCAGCAACAUCAACGCGUACGAUAUCUCGCUGGCGCUGCCUAAUAACCUCACGGGAUUCAUUCCCAUCACCAAUAUCUCAGAGCAGAUCUCAAAGAAGUUGGACGAUAUCGAGAACAAAGCCGAUGAGGAUGACGACAUGGGUCUGGAUGAAGAUGCCGAGGACGAGGAGAAGAAGGAUAUCGACGAAGAUAAACUUCCUGAUCUCAAGUCUCUCUUCAAAGUCGGCCAGUGGCUCCGUGCUGUCGUCGUCGAGCGCGAGGCUACUGCCACAGAUAAGGCUAAAUCAAAAAAGCACAUCUCGCUGUCGAUCAAGCCCGAGGCUGUCAACUCGGUGAUUGAGAAGGAUGAUCUUGCCGUCAAGGGACUGGCAGUCCAGGCCUCGGUUCAGAGCAUUGAGGAUCAUGGUGCAAUCCUAGAUAUUGGCUUUCCUGAGCUUACGGGAUUUAUUUCCAGCAAAGAACUCGGAUACGCUGGCUACAAACUUGCCGACCUUAUCGAGGGACAGACAAUGCUUCUCACUGUGCUCAACAAAUCCGCCAACGGCCGUACCGUCACACUGACAGCUACUGCCGUCAACAAGAACCUUCCCGCCGUCAAUAUGGUUCAGAACAUUGACUCGUUGCUCCCCGGAACCCUGGUGGAGUUUACUCCCUCGCGAGUCUUGAGCGGCGGUCUUGCCGGACAAGUCGGCGGACUCAUCGAUGCCACCGCUGAUCUUUUCCAUGCUGGCGCGUAUGAUGUCAAACCGCUCACAGAAAAGUACAAAGAAAAUCAAAAGGUGAAGGCUCGUGUCAUCGCGUACCUUCCAUCCGCUGAUGAAAAGAAGUUGCGUCUCUCGCUCCUGCCUCACGUGCUCUCCCUUUCGCUCGCAAGCUUCACCUCCUCAUCCGAAGCUGCGUCUUCAUCGCCUUUCAACGCCCUCGAAGUCGGCCAGGUUAUCCCUGCCGCCAAAGUCCAGUUCGUCGAGCCCGGUAUCGGUGUCUUUUUCGACACCGGCGUCGAGAACGCGCUCGCGUUUGUCCACAUCUCUCGUCUUGCCGACUCGCGCGUCGAUGAAAUCUCACCCUUGUUUGGCGAGUACAAAACCUCGACUGUCCAUGAAGCUCGUAUUACCGGCUACUCUGCCGCAGAUGGCUUGUACCUAGCCUCCUUGCAGCCGAGUGUGCUUGCUCAGCGAUACCUGCGGUUCGAGGACAUCAAGAUCGGAGACGUGGUUGAAGACGCGGAAGUCGUCAAGAUCGUCGAGUCUGGCGGUUUGCUUGUGCAGAUCUCCGACAGCAUCGUCGGCCACGUCAACGAGCUCAACUUGUCUGACGUCAAGAUCUCCCAGCCCGAGCGCAGGUUCAGACCCGGAAUGAAAGUCAAGUGUCGCGUCAUGUCGGUGUCUCCUGAAAGCCACCGGAUCAGACUUACGCUCAAGAAGUCUAUCGUCGGCGCCGAGGUCGAGAUCCCGAGCGUGUACGAGGGAAUCACGCGCGGACAGAGAUUCGUGGGUACGAUCAUCAAUCUUGUCUCGAAGGGUGCGAUUGUCGAGUUUUUCGGCACCGUGUCUGCGUUCCUGCCUCUGACGGAGAUGAGUAACGCCAAGAUCACCGAUCCUAAAGAGAAGUUCACUGUUGGUCAGACCGUCAACGUUAGGGUUGUUUCGGUAAAUGCCGAGCACAGAAAACUUCGCGUCAGUUGUAAGGACCCGAAAAAGAGUCCUAAAGAACGCAAGGAAGACGCCAAGAAGAAAAAGCAGGCUAAGGAGGAGAAGAAGAAGUCAAAGGCGUCUGAAGACGCGGAUGUUGCUAUGGAAGACGCCGGAUCUGCUGAGGGAGACGAUGACAACGACGCCGAAGAGGAGAAUGACGCCCAGGCUGAGGAUUCCGACGAGGAGCUGCUUCUCAACGGAUCUGACGAGGACGAUGAUGAUGAAGAAGACAACGACGAAGACGAAGAAGACAAGCACGUGGAGCCUCUCAAGGUCAAGGGCUUUGACUGGAACGCCUCGUCUCUCGACGCAGACGACGACGCAAACUCUGACUCUGACUCCAACUCUGACUCUGAUUCCGACUCUGACGCCGCCGACGACGGCAAAUCCAAGCGUCAGCGCAAGCGCAAGAAUAAGGUGCAGAUCGACGUCACCGGCGACCUGGCGACCAAAGAUCCCGAGUCGGUCGCUGAUUUCGAGCGCAUGUUGAUCGGAAGCCCGAAUUCUUCUGCGCUGUGGAUCAGGUACAUGGCGUUCGAGAUCCAGUUGGGCGAGAUUGAGAAGGCGAGAGAGAUUGCGGGACGCGCGCUCAAGACGAUUAAUUUCCGCGAUGAGAAGGAGAAGCUGAAUAUCUGGGUUGCUUUGCUCAACUUGGAGAACAGUUUUGGUACGAAGGAUACGCUGGAGGCUACGUUCAAGGAGGCAUGUAUUCACAUGGACCCGGAGGUCAUGAAGGCGAAGAUGAAGAUUAUUCAAAAGCAGAGAACUGGAAAAUAGACGGUUUUCUUUUGAUUGAUUUCCUUGUUUGGUGAAGCAUUUAUCUGGCUUGUGUGUUUUGUUAUUUACAAAAGUUCUGAAAUUAAAUUCAUCGCUAAUCAACUAUAU